AUGUACUUCAUCAACCAAUUUGACUUCACACCGAAACAUCUCCCCGGCCUCUCCAAUCGCGCAGCAGAUGCACGAGUUGCACCCGAUGCCUAUCCCACAGGAACCCGGCCUCUCCAUUGCCAUGGACGUCACCGGUCCAUUUCCCCUCGACCGGCUCGGGCACGACGGCAUCCUCACGGUCGUUGGCCGUUUGAGUAAGUAUGCGCAAUUUCUUCCUUGCAAGUACUACGCCACGGCUCUCGAACUUCCGCGCCUCCUACACACCAGCUGGAUUUGCAGCCACGGCGUGCCGGAAGACAUCGUCAGCGACCGCGACACUCACUUCAUGUCGGCAAUUUGGACUUCUCUCAUGCAGGAAUCCGGCACGAAGAUGAAACCGAGUUCGGCUCGGCAUCCACAAAGGGACGGGCAAACGGAGCGGGCACAUCAAACUGGUCAAAUAAUGCUUCGUACGCUCAUCCGAACGGAUCAGAAGGAUUGGGUUGACCGCCUCCCCGACAUCGAGUUCGCCUACAACACUUCGCUGCAUCCGGCGAUCGGCGUAACUCCACUCGAGCUGCACCACGGUGGCCGGAAAGGCCGUAUCUUCGCUGAUCUUCUCCUCCCAACAACAGCCGACAUAGACGCUGCUUGCUCCCCCGCUUCCGUUCGGAAGUACAGGGAAUUGCUGGCUCAAGCCCGUGCGAACAUGCAAAAGGCUCAAGUCCGCAUGCAGCAGCAAGCCAACAGGCAUCGCGUGCCAUGUCCCAUCCGCGUCGGUGAUCUGGUGUGGGUCUCCGCGGAAGAGUUUGCAAUCGAACAGGAUGUUUCACGCAAACUGCUUCCCAAGUGGUUUGGACCAUGGCCCGUAACAUCAGCCGCGGGCGAUGAGCCCGAUUGCCCCUCAUUUGUGAUCAACAUUCCCCCGCAUCUGACGGUCCAUCCAGUCUUUCACGCCUCGAAGCUGGCAACAUAUACACCAGCCAAGAGCGACGACUUCUCAGGCCAAAGAUCGCAAGAUCCUCCAUCUAUGGAUGGUCAUCAGGAGGUUGACCGCAUCAUCACGGAUCGCAAGUACGGCAGCAAGCCUCGACAGUACAAAGUUACCUUCAAAGCAUGCGAUCCCGAUGACACUCGGUGGAUUUCAUGAACAGAUUUGAAAGCAUCCGCACCGCUGAUCUACGCUCACUACGAGCGACAAAGGUUAGAUCAGGGACCUUCACGACCUGCCCCUCCCACCCGGACUGYGGUCCCUCCCUCAGACAGACAGCUUCGCCCUCGCAGGUAAGCUCGGUCUUUCAAGGAGGGGGGGGUGUGGAAUACUGCGCAGCCACACGGGCCUCCAGGGCCUGUCCCGCAGUCUCAGCCUA